CACAGCCAACGCAGACUCAAGAUGCCUUUCAAGACACACUACCUGUUGGUGUCCCUGACUCUCUGCUGGUUCGUGGCUCUUCAAGCAUUCCCCAUGAACGGCUGUGCUGCAUGUCAGAAGUGUCGCUGCAUCCGGACGUCCUCUGCUUUCAUCUCUCCAAGGCUGUUCCACAGGAUAGAGAUCCUACCUCCAGGUGCCCACUGUCGUCAAACAGAGAUCAUCGUUACCAAGAAGGACAAAGCCACCGUCUGUGUGACUCCAGAUGCACGAUGGAUCAACAAAGUCAUUGUCAAGUUACAAAGUACCAACAAGAAGAAGAGAAGUGCAGAACUUCCCCAUCUCAACCACCAUUGAGUGAAUUGGAACAGGAAUGUAUCAAGUUGGAGCUCAAUGGACAUGUGACACCAAUGUGAUACCAAUGUGAUACCAAUGUGAUACCAAUGUGAUGCCAAUGUGAUGCCAAUGUGAUGCCAAUGUGAUGCCGAUGUGAUACCAUUGUAAUACCAAUGUGAUGCCAAUGUGAUGCCAAUGUGAUGCCAAUGUGAUGCCAAUGUGAUGCCAAUGUGAUGCCAAUGUGAUACCAAUGUGAUACCAAUGUGAUACCAUUGUAAUACCAAUGUGAUACCAAUGUGAUACCAAUGUGAUACCAAUGUGAUACCAAUGUAAUACCAAUGUGAUACCGAUGUGAUACCAAUGUGACACCAAUGUGACGCCAAUGUGACGCCAAUGUGAUGCCAAUGUAAUACCAAUGUGAUACCAAUGUGAUACCAAUGUGAUACCAAUGUGAUACCAAUGUGAUGCCAAUGUGCCACCAAUGUGAUACCAAUGUGAUGCCAAUGGAUUCUAUUCAAAUAUGAUUCCAAUACCAAGUUAAUUAGUUUAUCUUAAAUGAUCUCGGUAUGUUUUGUUAGGUUCUUAUUUUUCAGAGUAAAUAACCCAAUA